AAGCAGCCAAAGUGGCCUCUCCCACUUUCUCCGUGUCACGCAUAACAUCACCUCUGCUGUUGAUUCAUAAGCAGGAGCACAGGGAAUUUUUGGCUGACCAGGGGGAGAGAGGAUAAACAUUGCAGAGGACUUUCAUAAUAAUAAGAUUUGAAGAAAUCCUGCUGGAUGGAAAAGGAAGAAAAAGAUACGACACACCACCACGAAGCAGAGACAGAUUCUACUGUAUGUUCACCUGUGAGACCCAGAUUUUGCAGAGACUGGCUGUCCUGGUGGUGUGUCAUGGCAUAGCAGUGGGUCAGAUCACCUCACACUACUUAAUAGUGCAGAGGCCCAUGUCCUGGUCUGAAGCCCGGGAGUUCUGUCUGAGGCACUAUGUGGACCUUGCUGUCCUCAGCACAGAGCAGCAAUACUUCACUCUCCUCAAUGCCACACUGGCAAACAGAGUCAGCCUUUGGCUCGGUCUGCAGCGCGAGGCGAUCUUCAGUAGCUGGACCUGGGUGAAUGGGGAGGAGCUGAAGUACCAACACUGGUACAGGUGGAACUAUGAAGGCCACUGUGCAACUCUGGAGUCCAUGAUGGACAGAAAUGAGAAGAUGCUGGCACGUUACUGUGACGAGUCACACAUGUUUGUCUGUCAGGGUCCAGUUUCCCCUCAGCCAGUGAUGGCUGAGUCUGUGGGCGUUGAACAGAUAAAUCUCAGCUGGAAUGUCUCCGCCUAUAUGCAGAUGACAUCACACAAUUACAGUGUGACAAUGUGCAGCAGCACAUGUAAAACUCAUUUUUACCCCUACGCCGAGGGCUCAGCCUCCAUGAACAUCAACAUCUCCAACCUGACUUCGGCCACUGAGUACUUGAUUAAGAUUGCUGCUUUUGUUGUUCGACCUAAGAACGACACUGGUGAAAAUACAAUCCUUCAAAGUAAAACAAUGGUUUUACAAGUCAAAACAGCAGAUUGUUGUGCACACAAUGUCAUCACUAUCAUUUUGAAGUGGCUUAAGCUCAUAUAUCUGGCUAUUCCAUUCUGGACCCUUUAUUGCAUCCUGAAAAAAGGUGGUGAUGCUGAUAACGAUUUUGAGGCAAGUCAUGAGGUCUCAUCAGUGAAGUUAUCUGAGGACACAGUUAUUGAUCUGGAUCAGGAGAAAACCAGACACGUUGGUUGAAAAGGGGGCAAUGUAUAUCUGUAUCUAUUACAGAAUGUCAUCUAAUCCUUUAAUCAUGUUUACAAUGUUCACAGACAGUUGUCAGUUCAUCUAACCAGCUAAGUGAUAGGAACAUGACAAUGAAACGUGAGUCAAUCUAAUUGAAGCAUAAGCUAAACUUUCAUGGCCAACCCGCACCUACGUGGUGGAAACGCAGUCUGAAACUCUUCCCAUUUACUUUGAAUGGAGCAGCAUCAAGCAUGGCCAAGUGCUUUGUGAAUCCGUUGCUUCGAUC